AUGGAUCAAACACAGAGAGGAAUCCUGGGCCAGCCCCUGCCCAUCCCCACCACCCAGCCCAAGAAGAAAAAGACGUCAGUGAUGUUUUUCUUUUCCAAGGUCUCUUGGACACUGAGUUUCCAGAAGCGGGAGUCUCUGAAGAAUGUGUUCUCCAACUUGGCAGAAAGAGCCCAGGACCCCAACGCUAAAAAGCGUCACAUGGCAAUGAGAGGCCUGGGAACCAUGGCCUGUGAGACCCCGGACAAGGUGAGAAAGUAUAAGAAAAUUGUCCUAGAUCUGCUGGUGCAUGGACUGUAUGACCCUGUGAGUGCUGAAGUUAUCCACGAGAGCAUGAAGACUCUGACCAUCAUCUUGGGCAAGAUCCAGGGGAAAAGUCUGGGCUCUUUCUUCGUAGACAUCACUCUUCAGACCAGGACUUUGUUAGAUGACGCUUGCAAGACAACAUUUCGAGCCUGUUCUCCAUAUCUGAAAGAAAGAAAGGAAAACAGCUUCCAGACUGAAGAAGAUCAAAGGAACCCUAAACUCUGCCGGCAGCUGGGCUACUAUCAUCCAGAGCUCCUGCAGUUCUUCUAUGCAAAUAAGAUUCUGUAAACACAGAGCAGGAGGGAAAUUGUUCCAGUGAGCACCUUGCUGGGGGGCUGAUAUUCCCCCUCUUUUAACUCCUCGGAUGCUUCUGCUUGCCUCUUGGGAUUGUAAUAGAAAACGGGAUGCUGGGAGAACAACUGAUGGCAAUUGCAUGGAAUUGUAUGAUUCUAUCCAAAGUAAAUUCUAAAUUGCUUUUAUGUAUCUCUUUUCCUCCCCAUACACAUUUGAUGAGAAGGUAUAUGCUUUGUUUAAAACACUGAAAGCAUAGGUAGAUUCAGUGCUUAUUGCUCAGCUUUUUCCUUAAGUUCAUCUGUUACCUUUUCU